ACUAUCUUCCUUUAUUUUUGCAUAUAUUGUCUUGUGUGUUCAUCUUAUUGUAAACUUGAAGAAAAAGCCUAUUUCACGGGUCUUUUUUUCACACUCCCAUCAAUUAUUUGAGGGAAAGUUUGUCUAAUGUUUAUCACUCACAAAUUAAUCACAAAUAUUGUUGAUUUUUUUUUUCUAUGUGGGGGAUAAAGGGGCAUUGUUAUUUUUUUAUUGUUUUUCUUCAUUAAUUGAGGAGCCUCUGUGGUAAGGGAAUUUAUGUCAUUCACACACUUUGUUUUCUCUAAUUCCUAAUCCCCCCCCCCCCCCCCAAAAAAAAAUACCCUCUAAAAACCUGUCUCACUUUCCCAUUAUUUUCUUCAACCAUGGGAGCCUCUAAUAGCAAGAAAAAGAGGAAGCCAUGCCAUGGGAGGAGGAAUGUGAAGGUAUUGAUGACAGACAAAAUGAGGCUUCUCCAAGAGGGAAGAGUGGGAAGAUAUUAUGAGAAAGAAGUGAUGGUUUAUGCAUGCAAAGAGGCUGAGUGGGUUAAAGAGAGGAAGAAGUUAAAGGAGGAAGUGAAGGUGUUGAGGAAGUUAGUGGAUGAGAAAGAAGAGAAGAUAAAGAAAAUGGAAGAAGGUGGUUCAUCAAUGGUGAUGGUUCAGAAAUGUGACAAAGGGUGGCCAUUGCUUGGGACAAGUUACUUAUUGGAACAAAUGAAAGAGGAAAGGGCAAGGAGGGAUGAAGUUGUGGAGAAAUGGAAACAACUCUAUCUUGCCAUCAAGACUGAGCUUGAUGAUCUCAUUCAAAGAACUCAUGGAGAUGCAAUCAAUUGGAAAACAGAGGAAGAGGAGAUGAUAGAAGAUAUGAAGAAGGAACUGAAGAGCAAAGAAGAAACAAUACAAAGUUUGAAAGCUCGAUUAGCUUCAAUGGAGAAGGCAGGAUAUGAGAUGAAACGUGAGAUGGAUAUCCUUAAACAAAGCUUCAAGAUUUUGGGCAGUAAUUAUGCUACCAUUAGUAAAAAAAGUAGUAGUACUAAGCUGGGUCACUAUUUGUGAAAUUAGCCUUUCAUCAAAUUACACUACUUUUAUGGGGUCAUAUCAUAUGUAUACAAAAAUAAGUUUGGUUGUUGUAUGGAUUAUUAUGGCUUUAAUGGGAAUGGGAAUGCAAAUGCCAAAGCUCACGGCAUCCCAACAACAUUUGCUUAAGCCUUUUACACGUUAAUAUUGCAUUAUAUAAAAUUUGAAAGUUCAUACUUUCAUACCA